AUGGCGUAUCGCGGGCAGGGCCAAAAGGUGCAGAAGGUGAUGGGACAGCCCAUCAACCUCAUCUUCAGGUACCUGCAGAAUAGGUCCAGGAUUCAGGUGUGGCUCUAUGAACAGGUGAACAUGCGGAUAGAAGGCUGUAUCAUUGGUUUUGAUGAAUACAGGAACCUGGUUCUGGAUGAUGCAGAGGAGAUACACUCAAAAACAAAAGCAAGGAAACUGCUGGGUGGGAUCAUGUUAAAGGGGGACAAUAUUACUCUUCUACAAAGUGUUUCUAACUAGAACUUGGCAUUCAGAGGGUGGAAUGCACUAAAGAGUGUUCCGAACUAGAAAUUUCAGUCAAUAUGUGGGGUGGACUAAACAUUAUUAUAAACAAGAGUCACUGUGCUGGGAAAGUGGAUGGUGUUUUUGAAAAUAAAAAUUCCAGAUGAGCUUGAUUUGAAAAGAGUAAAAACAGUAACUUAGCUGAUAUCUUUCCUUACCUUUGAUAGUAACAUUUUUUACAUUAGAGUAUCAAUUAGUGUUGGAGUUAAAUACAAUUUUUAUGUUAACUGUGAA